GUUCUAGAGGCACUAUCGGAGUUACAGGAGGAGUUGUCUGGUAACAAUGGAUUACAUUGGGACUCUGUUGAUCUUUAUAUCUGUAUGUUUAAGGAUACAGGCCAAGUAUACAUGUGACGACCUAUUUACAGGGAAGGUUUCCCCAUCAGCAGACUGCUCCCACAGCCAUGAUAGAGCUGAGAUCGACCCGAAUUGUAGGAUAGACCUUGCAGUGACUUCAGAUAGCAAUGUCGUGCUGACUGCUCUAAGGAAGGCGUACUACAGCAAUGUAAAGUUAUGUUUUGGAUGUCCCGAGAAUGAUUUCUACGGUCAGUGUAACACUGUCAUCGCCUGUCAUCCACACACAGUUUGUUACAACGAGACUCAUCGGGACAAGGAGCAUAAUACCAGACACAUGUAUGGAUGUAUCUGGGAGUCUAAUAAUGUAUAUCUCAAUGGCCACCAUUGCAGUCAGCCAAACCACGGAAGUAACUCCGGGACAGUGACAUGUAACCAUUCUAAACUCUGUAACGGAAACUCACACCAUCUACACCACAUCGUGAAUUCAUUGAAAACAACGACAACCACCACAACACCUAAACCAACAACACCAACUACAACACCUAAACCUACCACAGUAUUACCAACAUCCACGACCACUCCAACACCAACAACUACAACCACAACACCUAAACCCACAACAACCCCAAUAACAACAACCACAACGCCUGAACCCACAACAACAACAACAACCACAACGCCUGAACCCACAACAACAACAACAACAACCACAACGCCUGAGCCCACAACAACAACAACAACAACGCCAAAACCCACACCAACUACAAUGAAAACAACGUCGCCUAUGGAAGAGUUAUCCACUACAGCUAAAACGACGUUUAUAACAGAACAGUCUACAUCAACCGAGCAAUCCACUUCUGCAGCAUCUAUGACGUCAACGUCAAAUGCUGCAUCCACCGAUACCUUAACUCAUACGCAACAGAUAGAAACGACAAUCACGUCUAUUUUACCAACACCGUGCAAACAGGGGAACGGUACUCUGAUGUGUAUUGACCAUAACGAUCCUCCGAACUUUGUAUGUGAAACAUUUGACCGUGAAAAUGGUUUGUGUGGCUGGACGUCUUCAGGUCAUGAUCGUGCUGUUGACCAGUGCCCAGUAUACUGCGGCUUUUGUGAGGAAUAUUGCGAGAAACAGUACCAGGUCCAAAUAGGGCAGAAAAGCACGUCUGUCCCGACUACACCGCAACCGACCACACCACCAGCGAUUGACCGUAGAUGUAUGGUUUGCGGUUCUGAAGAGGACGGAAGAUCCUGUGCUCCCCGACAAGUAUACUACAACUCGCCCCAGUCCUGUUCUGCUGGUAAAAGCUACUGUAUGACGUCAGUAUACGUGGACGAGAAUGGGGCAACAACCGUUUACAAAUCGUGUGUGGAUGAGACAACGUGCUUGAAUAAGUGGUUGUUGUUCUCGUCUGAUAAAGACUACUGUCUGUACUACGGCAAAAUAAGCAUCGCUGGGAAGUACGAGUGUCACUUCUGCUGUACCGACAACGACUGUAACACCGACGUGUACCCCUCCUCUAGCAUGUACGUGGGAUAGACAGCCGACGUCGUUAACAACAUGUUACGUCCUCCUACACUUUAAACUCCGUUUAUAUUUUGAUGUGAUUCCGCUUAUUAUUGUAAAAUAAAUACAGACAGAAUUGGA